GGAUCGGGGGUGGGGCAAUCGAAAUGGAGGCAUCUCCAAAAGAGCGGUUGGGUCAUCUGGGCUCAUUUUCAUUUUUCGUUAUUAUCCGUCUAUAAAGAGCCGCGCUUCGCCAUGUCCCAAGCGGGCCGACUAUCAUGUCAUCCGUCGGAGUCGCGAAGAAGAGCGCCUUCUCGUGUGAGCCGUGUAGGAAGCGGAAGGUGAAGUGUGGAGGCGAGCGGCCCACCUGCAAGCGUUGUGCGACGCGAACGGAAGCCUGCGUUUACAAGCUGAACCCCACUCUCUCCUACACUCAACGGCUUGAACGCCGUGUUCAGGAGCUUGAACAGCAGCUGGCUGGCAUCCAGAGCCAGGGGUCCUAUGUGAGGCCUGUGGCUCCAGCCCCCGCCCACUUAAGGAAACCCUCAGAUGCCGUUGAUGAUGGCUUGGCAGGAAGCUUCACGGGCUUGAAGCUCGAUGAUAAGGGGGUCAUCACCUAUCAUGGAACCACGAGCUUCUUCCAGCUGCCAAGCGAGAAUGAGAUGAGCGCCACGCCGAGCAGUUCAUCCCAGAGCCCGCCAGCCAUUGGAGAUGCCGACCUCGAUCGACGGGAGCGUCUGGUCACCAAUGCGUGGCAACAGCGGGCACUGGAAGAUCUCUCGGCCACGCCGGAGCCGUUCCAGUACCUCCUCAACAUACAUUGGUGCUGGAUCCAGCCCCUUUUCAACUUCAUCUACCGACCGGCAUUCACCCGAGACAUGCAAGUUCUGGGUCCCUAUUAUUCCCAUACCCUCAUGAACGCUGUGCUGUCACACUCCAUCAGGUGGGGUAAGAGUGAUCCGUCUACGCGCCAAAAGCUGGACGAGGCGUACGAAGGCGGUGCGGUGUUUGGACGGCAUGCGCGGAUCAUGAUCUUUGACGAACUAAGCCACGGCAUAACCACGAUUCCGACCGUCCAGACGUUGCUAUUGCUCAGUGCGCAAGAGUGUAGCCUCGGGAACAGCGCCCAAGCCUACGUCUAUAGCGGCAUCGCGUUCCGUCUCAUUGACCAUCUUGGCAUCUGUGUGGACGGCGCCAGGUAUGCCGCCUCGGUCAAUCUCUCAGACGAGGAUAUCGAGAUCCGCAACCGCCUGUUCUGGAGCUGUUACUUCUGGGACAAGAUAAUAUCCCUGUAUCUGGGCAGGUCUCCUGUGCUCCAGCACUCUCCCGUCUCCCCGCCUCAGAUCAUGUUUGAUGACUCCUCCGAGCGGGAUCUCUGGGUCCCUUUCGGACUUGACUCGAAGGAUUUCGAAUAUCCUCCCACCGCGGCCCAUUCCAAUUCGUGUUUCACCAAGAUGUGCCAGCUCUCGGUGAUUUUCAACCAGAUUCUUGUCCACAUGUACGAUCCACUGCGCCUCAAUACCGAGGCUGAGAUGGAGGAGUGCCUUUCGACACAAGGAGCAGCUCUGCAGCAAUGGUGGGACGAGCUCCCUCAAUUCCUGCGGAUAGAGAAGAGCUCGCUCCCUGCUCUUGCUCCACCGUCGCACAUUGUGACGUUGAAUUGCCUCUAUCACACCUUCAAGAUCCUACUUUACCGACCUAUGCUCUCGCAAAGAGUCGCCGGGGGUUGUGAUCCUCGCCUCACCGCGCCGAAUGCGCGUUACCUCCUUGAGUGUGUCAACGCUGCGACCACUACCAUUGUCAUAUUUGACCUCUUCUGCAGCACCUUCGGUUACGGUCGCUGCGUCCUUUCGCUCUCGUACAGCGUCUACAUCGCCGCUUCCAUCUUCCUCCUUCAGGUCCAGGCGAAUGUCAACGAUAAUCUGUCCUGUCAGAGACUAAAAUUUUGCAUCCACGCACUGGACAGACUCAAGUCUGUCAAUCCAGUCAUUGGAAGUGCCUUGAGCCUCAUAAGCAAGGAGCUGGCCAGACUCGGGAUUGAAACCCCUCAAUCGCCUCAGCAAAAUUACGUUGGGAGCCCGUCCGACCCGAUGAUCGUCCCCGCCACCAAUUACCCUCUCACAAAUGAGCCUGCCCAGCUUCCUCGCCCGCCGACUCGACCGUACGACCAGUCCCAGUUCUCCAGAUUAGACGAGUUCGGUUCACAGGGCUUCGAGAUCACUCCUGAAUUGUUUGAGGCUGUGUCUACGCUUGAACCGCUCAGCGUCCGUGUGGGUGCCUUGAACGACUUCAAAUUCUAGAGCGCCCACGAUCGCGGUGGGAUAUUCCUCGACACCGGUUAUGCUCGGCAACGUUGAUGGCUAGAGCCGUAGCCAGCCCGGAACUACGCCUUAGCGAGGCAUAUCAGCUUCUGCAUUAUGCCCUACGAGCGCCUCACGCUCGAGAGUUUCCGGAUAUCAGCCAGUUCGGAUGCAGCCUUUAUCAUGGGGCUGUAGGUCCAAAAGUACCACC